AGUGAUAAAGACUUCUCUGAGGAUGUGAUGGAUGCUGGGGUGUCCUCCCCUGAAAAGCAGGAUAAGCAAAAUUUAAUUGAUGCCCACAGUAAAACCCUUGGGGCUUGUGGCUGGUUCCUGGUUUUCCUUUCUUUCCUGUUGAUGGUCAUCACCUUUCCUUUCUCCAUAUGGAUGUGCCUAAAGAUUGUUAAGGAGUAUGAACGGGCUGUUGUAUUCCGGCUUGGAAGAAUCCAAGCAAAAAAAGCAAAAGGACCAGGUCUGAUCCUUGUGCUACCAUGUGUAGAUGUUUUUGUCAAAGUUGAUCUCCGAACUGUUACCUGCAACAUCCCCCCACAAGAGAUCCUCACCAGAGAUUCUGUAACUACCCAAGUAGAUGGAGUGGUCUACUACCGAAUCCACAGCGCUGUUUCUGCUGUGGCUAAUGUCACCGACGUUCACCAAGCCACGUUCCUACUGGCCCAGACCACUUUGAGGAAUGUCUUAGGGACACAAACUUUGUCCCAAAUCUUAGCUGGCAGAGAAGUUAUUGCCCAUAGCAUCCAGACAAUACUGGAUGAUGCUACUGAGCUGUGGGGCAUCCAGGUGGCCCGAGUAGAAAUCAAAGAUGUCCGGAUUCCCUUGCAGUUGCAAAGGUCGAUGGCGGCAGAAGCUGAGGCCACCCGGGAGGCCAGAGCCAAGGUCCUGGCAGCGGAAGGAGAGAUGAAUGCUUCUAAAUCACUGAAGUCGGCCUCCCUGGUACUGUCUGAAUCCCCAGUUGCUCUUCAGCUGCGCUAUCUGCAAACUUUGGCUACUGUGGCCACAGAGAAGAAUUCCACCAUUGUCUUCCCUCUGCCCAUGAACAUACUAGAAGGCAUAGGGAACAUCAGCCAUAAUGACCAUAAGAAAAAAAUAGAGAGAUAUUGACAGUCAGUCCCCUGGCCUGGCCCCAUUGCUCAGAGAGGUCCUAUCUGUUCUAGUGGAGAAACAGGCAAUUGAACAGUCAGGAUCCAUUAAAACUCAAAUUAAGUAACAAGUAACUCUGCAGCUGUUAUAGAUAUGACAAGGGAACGUUACGUAGACUGUAAAGUGCUUUUAAAGUGGCGGUUGGGGGGUGGGUGGAGAGUAGCAAAAAUGAUGAGGAACAUGUAGUCUUUUCAUUCCUGUGUGGUACUUGGGUUUUCCAUGAACACCAGGAGCCUUUUCAGAAUAGCUUAGGCUCACUUUUGUCAUUAAUACUUUUGUUCCCUUCAAGUACAGUAGAUAGUUUAGGUAAUCUAUAAAAUGAUGUACCUGAUCAGAUACCCGAUCAUUAUAAGUCCAAAUUAGUUGUAUGUUAA